CGCUGUUGUUAGCAGGAUAUAUGCCUUCUUCUCCUCUUCUCGAAGCAUCUUUGUCGAAGAUAUCGUAUGGAUUAGAUUCCACUACUUGCCAUUCUCAGGCCAGCCAUCACACGGCGUUCGAUUCACUUUCCUACUUCGCCACUAUCAAAUCCAAGAGCUUCGCUGACGCUGAGCUUCCAUGUGCUCAAAAUGCCGCGCAUAAUUUUCUUAUCCUUCUCCAUCCUCGUGCAGCUCUCAACCCUCUUCGCCUACGUAUCAUGUAUGUGCUACAUCUCCAACGGCUCCGCGGUCUUCAACUGGGACGCAAACUCUGUGUACCAGCCUUGUUCAAAUGAUUCCUCAAAUGUACUCAGCACAAUUUGUUGCGCAACGAACCGAAACAAUCCUUCUGGAGGCAACAUUGCGAAUGGAUUCACCGCCGAUAUUUGCCUGCCCAGUGGGCUUUGCCAGAACAUCUUAACGGAUUCGGGGGGGAAUAAGAUAUACGCCUAUUGGAGGGAUUAUUGCACGGAGAGUGAUUAUAAGAGCAGCAAGUGCUUGGACGCUUGUACUGGGGACGGACAGCAUUCCGCCGAUGGAACAGCACCUCUGACUCCCUGUGGGGACACUAUCACGGCCACAAAAUGGUGUUGCGGGGUCAACAACACCGCCUGCUGCUCGUCCAACAAUCCUUCAGACUUUGAACAAGUCCCGAUUUCCUUAGGGCAGCCAGCUAGCUCUUCAACCCCGACCACUGCUUCCAGUGCCUCUGUCACAGGCUCUCAUACGUCAGACAACCCAUCUUCGAUUUCGCCAAGCGUAACUCAACCCGCCACAAGUACUCCUUCAUCAUCUUCCUCCACCUCUUCUUCGUCCGGGCUCUCCACCGGCGCAAAGGCAGGCGUAGGCGUCGGUGCCGCCAUUGGAGGCCUCGUUCUCCUCGCCGUUGGUGUCUUCCUCGGAUUAUACGCGCGUCGACGAAAACGCUCCCAUGCAGCAAAGGCGUACGAGUUGCCACAAACGGGGUAUGCGGAUGUCCCAGAAGGGCAUCGCGGACUGCCGGCUCAUGCGGCACAUCAUGCGGGUGGUUAUUAUGAUCAGCCACCAGCGCCGAGUGAGGUUGGGGGAGGGGAGAUUAAUGAAAUGGGAACUGAGGUGAUAAAGAAGACAGUGUAUAGACGAGGUGGGGUGGAGGAACCGGUGGAGAUGCCGUGA